UUCCUUCUUACCUACCCGUAGCUGUAUCUCCCACUAACCUGUAUGUCCAUCAGACAAUUCGAAGGCUUGUACUUGCCAAAUUCACUUACUCUACAUCUACCCUUGGAAGUACCUAUUGAUCCCUCGCCAUUAGCUCAUGAUUUUGUCGUUGGUGCUUCACACUCUGCUAUCAACGUCCUGAAACCUUUGGGGAUGCCGGUUGCUGGGAAGGUUGCUGGCCUAUCACACAAAGCUAUACCAAGAAAUCCCAAGUACGAGGAUGUCACCCCCAUUGUUGACACCGGAGCUAGUAUGUCUCGUUAUCUCAAGAGAAUUGAAGAGCUCCGCGAGAAUUUUAGGAUACGGGACGACGAAAUUUUCAAACGCUUGAAAUUAUCCACCUUCGUCCAACUGAUACUGCAAGUCCAUGAGACCACGAAGCAAAAUAUUAAUAUUCAGACUUUUGAUGCGGCUCUGGGAGACUGUGCAAACGGAGGCCCAAAUGCUGGGCGACCAGAAGAAACUCAGAUUGUCGGUGCUAAGCCUCCACAUGACUCCCAGAUUUCAUUUCCUUCGCGCUCAACUCUUGAAAAUUUAAUCCAUGGAGUCGGUGAGCUUGACAGCUACUACUCUCAGCAAGCGACAGAAGAGGUGGCAUCAGCGAGAAAAGUGAACGAAGCUAACUUGUCUGGUUCAGCUCCCCCGUACUUGUUGCUUGACUUGCGAGACAGGGACGAGUUCGAUUCCUGCCACAUAAUCACCGCCCACAGUUAUCCUGCGGCUAUGCUUUCUCGGAGUAUUAACUACGAAACGGCAGCCAUGCUCGCGUUCCGCAACCAACCCGGUCGAAUCAUCGUGCUGUACGAUGAAGACGAGCGCAUCGCACCGCGGGCGGCAACCACGUUGGUACAGCGAGGAUACUCCAACCUAUAUCUCCUUUCUGGUGGACUGAAGUUGGCUUGGAAGCAAUUUCCAGAAGGACUUUUAAUUGGUGAAAUGCCAGCCUCUGUCAGACAGGCGUUGGGUUCCAGACGUCGAGAAAGGCCUGGUGGUUGUAAUGCUUUAAUCCGGGAAAAUUCUACCUCAGUUUCAUCUGAAAGUUGCGCACCCGGUUCUUGCCAGUCCUCCUCAUCAGUUCGAUCAAAAAAUACUACUGCAUCCGUUUACUGUCCUGUUGGUAGUCGGGAUACCACAAACGGAUUGGAACAGUUUUUACCGGAAGAUAUCGUUAAACUAACGAUGCAGUUGGAAAACGGGAUGGACGAUGGGCGCUCAAUUCGUUCUGGCUACACUCGUAGCACCAUCUCUUCUUUGCGACAUUCAAAUCGUGCAAUCCCGAAUGCAAAAAAACCAUUUAGAUGAAAUACAUGUGGAAGAAUGAAGAACUGCUACUUGAUAGGUAACUCUGUCAAACAUUCCCAACUGCACAUUAUGCGCGUCUAGUUAUCUCAAAGUUGUCUUCUCAGUUCCAACUUCACCUACUUCCUGUCAUCCUUCCUUUCUUGUAUCUUGACUUCUCUGUGAACACAACCGGUGCACCCUUUUCAUUCAUCAGGUUUCGGUGGCUUUCCAUCCCAUUGGUUUCUUUGCCCAUUGCUGUUAUUUCAUCAGAGCACGUGACGGCCUUUCCGUAUUGUCUCCUUCCCGAGCGAAGCUGACCAUACUCCAGUAUUACGACCAACAUAAACGUGUGCGGACAUGUGCUCGCUACUACUUGAUGCACACUGUGCAUUACUGUAAACCAUUCUCCACUUUGGUGGAUCAAUCUUGGUAUCUUUGCCUUAAGAAGCCUAAUCGCUUUCAAUUCUGCUCGCAAAAUUGUAAAUGUUUCCAAUUGCUGUCAACUGCUAAGACAUGGUUCGCCCUGCUGGACCGUAUGCAAAGAAAGAAUCUGAAUUAUGGACUAAUUCCCUGAGUAAUGUUAUGGAAUUUCUUUUAUCUCGCGUUCCUCCAGGUUAUCGACCUUGACCCAGUUCCAAAUGUAGAUGCUGAUCUACCGUUUCGUUAUUGCCAACACUUCAGCUACCCUUUCAGUACUUUAUCAAAUAAUCCACCGUUUGUGUGUUAUAAAAAUGAGUAUCUCGUUAGCUGUACGCCUUAAUGGCGCUUUGCUGCCGCGCGUAGGCUGAGUAUACCGCGAGGAUGCCCGCUCCUAUGCGCAUUCGAACGGGUGACCAUAUGAUUACA